UAAUAACCUCUCUCUCUUUUUCUCUCAUUUUCUUUCUUCUUUCUUUCAAAACAUAAAAACCUCUCUCUUUCUCUUAAAUUCCUUCUUCAUCAAAAGCAAAAAAAACGAAAUCUUUCUAUCAUUCUCAUUAUCUUCUUCUACUUCAAAAGCUAAAACCUUUAUCUUCAAAAAGUUAAUCAUCUCUCUUUCUCUUUAUCAUUCUCAUUCUCAUUCUCCAAAACCUAAAAGCACUUAUUUUCUUCUACUACUUCAAGAGCUAAAACCUUUCAAAGUACUUUUAACUUCCUCUUUUUCUUUUUUUUUUUUUUUCUUGCCAAUGGAAAAAAGAUUCAAACUAAGAUUCUCACGCCUAUUCCAAUCCUCAUUCUUCUCUUGUCGCUCCAAGAAAAAUUCCGACAUCCUUAUUACUCAAAAACCCAUUUCCAAACCCUUAAUUUCUCCAAAACCCCCUCAACUUUCCUCUAAUUACACACCCAAACUCCCCCUUAAUCCUUCCCAUUUUCAAUUCCCUCCCCCACCUGCCUCUUCUCCCAUCAUUUCCCCACCUCUUUCCCAUCUCAACGAUUGUUUAUCACGACACAAAAGCAAAACCAAAAUCAAGAGAAGAAAGAAUCCACCUUCUCGGCCUGCACCACCACCACCACCGCGGCUGCCGGAGGAGGACUUCGGUGGCGCGUGGUGGUAUGGUGGACAUGACGAUACAGAGGAUGAAACAGAGACUCUGUUUUCUUCACGGAGUUUAACGUCGGAUUCCUCCGUGUCACGCCGCCGUCAUCGUCAGCGACAUGGUCGCCGGAGACCUCCGGAGAGGAAAAUGAGAGAUGGGUUCUUUGCGGUAGUGAAAAACUCGUCGGAUCCGUACAAGGAUUUUAAGGCGUCGAUGGCGGAAAUGGUGGUUGAGAAGAAGAUUUUUGGAGGGAAAGAGUUGGAAGAGCUUUUACAAUGCUUUAUUUCACUCAAUUCUCGUCAUUAUCAUAAAGUGAUUUUUGAAGUUUAUUCGGAGAUUAAAGAAGCUCUCUUUUUUCUCUGAUCUUUAGGUUUUGAAAAAAAAUUAGUUUAGGGUUUGUUUAUGUAAAAGAGAUUAUUAAAUCUAUAUCUAACGAAGUUAUUUCUAA